UAGUGUAUGUGUGCAGACAAGUGGAGUGAGAUCAACCGAUGACGCCAAGCUAGGAUAAGUUCUAUGGUAACAAGAUUCGUCUCUGGAAUAAGGGUGUUGAUUCCGAAAGCUUCUAUCCCAAAUAUCGCUCUCAAGAAAUGCGAAUAAGACUAAGCAAUGGGGAGCCCGAGAGACCAUUGAUAGUCUAUGUUGGACGACUAGGAGUUGAGAAGAGUUUGGAUUUACUCAAAAGUGUCAUGGACUUGAUACCGGAGGCACAAAUUGCUUUUAUUGGAGAUGGACCAUACAGGGAGGAUCUCGAAAAGCUGUUCUCCGGCAUGCCUGCCGUAUUCACAGGGAUGUUAGGAGGUGAAGAGCUCUCUCAAGCAUAUGCGAGCAGAGAUGUUUUCGUCAUGCCUUCAGAAUCAGAGACGCUCGGACACAUAAUGUCAUUUUCAGAAAACAGGUGAAAAGGUUGGUGUUUUUUUUUUUUUGAGCAAACAUAAAAAGGUUGGUUGGUGAAUUGUUUUUGAUUUAAUUAAAUUUUUGUAAUGAACAAAACCCACUUUUUAGGAAUUAUUUUUCGAAUUUUCGUAAACCGUUUUUUCUUAGCAAU